CGCUUCUUCCUCCUCCUCCUCCCCUCUCCCUCCCUUCUGCUCACUCUCUUCAUCGCAACCGUCGUCGUACUCGUGUCGUAUCUCCUCCGCCGGAAGCAAUCGCUGAAUCGGUUGUGCCGAUGCAAUGCGGCGGAGCAACCGCUCGGACUAGCUGCCUCGAUCGACGAGCUGUAGGAUCGAGUCCCGCGAAUUGUUGCCUGACUUAGGUUUUGCUUAGUUCUGGAGCCGAUCUGCCUGAUUUAUCACCGGAAGCAGCGGUGGCGCUUUUUCUAGCUUAAUUAAUUAUCUAAUGUGGCUCGAGUAGUAUCUCGUCGUGGUUGGUUUCCACUCAGAUAUGCUUUCGAAGUGUUGCUGGUUCGGUCGGUUUGAGGUCCGGUGGUGCUUUCUCUGUCACAUUUAAUUGGCGGUAAUGGUACUGAUUGAGGUAGAUGAUGGAGAUAAUUGGAAGCGCCUCUUUGCAUCUGUGCUACUGAGGCACCGAGGCUAUUGAGUCUGGACCCAUGGAUCAGUACGAGAAAGUCGAGAAAAUUGGCGAAGGAACAUAUGGCGUGGUUUAUAAGGCUCGUGACCGUUUAACCAAUGAGACCAUUGCUCUGAAGAAGAUCCGACUAGAGCAGGAAGACGAGGGAGUGCCCAGCACUGCGAUUCGGGAAAUCUCACUCCUGAAAGAAAUGCAGCACGGAAAUAUAGUCAGGUUGCAGGAUGUAGUGCAUAGCGAGAAGCGCCUGUAUCUAGUUUUUGAGUACCUGGAUUUGGAUUUGAAGAAGCACAUGGAUUCAUGUCCAGAAUUUUCUAAGGAUCCACGCUUAGUCAAAACGUUCCUUUACCAAAUCCUACGGGGCAUUUCCUAUUGCCAUUCUCAUAGAGUUCUGCACAGAGAUUUGAAACCUCAGAAUUUGCUUAUAGACCGCCGAACCAAUGCUUUGAAGCUUGCUGACUUUGGGCUUGCUAGAGCAUUUGGAAUCCCUGUUAGGACAUUUACACAUGAGGUGGUGACAUUAUGGUACAGAGCUCCAGAAAUACUGCUUGGAUCCCGUCAUUACUCUACUCCUGUGGAUGUUUGGUCAGUAGGUUGCAUAUUUGCCGAGAUGGUGAACCAGCGUCCUUUAUUUCCUGGAGAUUCCGAGAUUGAUGAGAUUUUUAAGAUUUUCAGAAUCAUGGGCACUCCAAAUGAAGACACAUGGCCUGGAGUGACUUCUCUGCCUGAUUUUAAAUCUGCAUUUCCGAAGUGGCCACCAAAGAACCUACAAGAGGUGGUUCCAGGCCUUGAUUCAGCUGGAAUUGAUCUCCUUUCUAAAAUGCUGUGCCUGGACCCAAGCCGGAGAAUUACAGCACGGAGCGCUCUCGAGCAUGAGUACUUCAAGGAUGUCGGGUUUGUACCUUGAUUUAUCAUCCCUGCAGAUCCCGUCUUCACAUUCCAGGGAAGUGUCUAUAUUCUUGUUACAUGUGUAGCUAAAUGAGUUUCAGUGAUGUGUGAAAUAUGCUUGAUCUUCUCAAUUUUGGUUAGGUCCUCCUCGUACCCCCCUAAUUGAGAUAUGCCUUCCUUUUAACUCGGUUGAGCUUGCUUAGAUCCUAUGCUUGGUCUGGUUUGUUCGUCUUCCCUCAACUCGUUUGUAUACAGGAGUGUGGCAUUGUAUUCUUUUUGAUCCUGUUCUUUCUCACUUCAGUUGAGUGUUUUGAGUGAAUUAAGAAACUUUUGGCCUUGAACAUCGACUUCCUUAGCAAGUUUCAAUUUCUCUGCUUCAAGUAGCUUGGUUUUAUUC